AGAAGAAUCCACCCCAAGUUUACUGAUCCGUGCCUUGUUUUCCUGCCCCCUCCCUCUCCUACCGGUUGAAUACACUCUCUCACUCUGACCAGGCUGUCUCUUCAGGCUAAUGUUGCUCUCAUUACCAACAAAGCAUGGGUAGUCAGUCGCAUGCCAACAGCAGAGCAGGGCAACACCAAGAGACUCACUAAGUCUUCUAACUCCAGAAUACCUAGACGGAGGCUAUUAAAGUGAAAAUAUUUUUAACUUUUUUUUGCUUCUUUAACUCCCAGGUCAUUUGUUUCACCAUGGAAUUUGGGAAAAUUAGUUUGAAUCUCAAAACAGUGCUGUUGACCAUGAUGAUGUUCAAAUGGGGGAUAUUCUGCACGGCGACCAGUGACAAGUGUUUGUCCGGGCCCUGCCAGAAUGGCGCCACCUGCGUGGACACCAUGGACGACUAUGCGUGCCUCUGCCCCCCUCGCAACGAGGUCCGCUACAUGGGCAAAGACUGCGACGAACUCUACAAUGCCUGCUCCUUUGCCCCCUGCUCAGACUGCACCAGCACCCCUGGCACGUCCGAGUACCACUGUGUCUGUCCCGAAGGAUUUACUGGGGACAACUGCACUGAGGAAGUGGACGAGUGCCAUAGCAACCCUUGCUCUUUUCCCCACACAGAGUGCAUCGACCAGGUCAACAGGUACUUCUGCCGAUGUCCACCCGGCUACGGAGGAGAGGACUGUGAAGAGCGGGUGCCCGACUGCAUCGACGAGCCGUGUCUGAACAAUGGGACUUGUAUACUGUUACAGGAGGGGUUUGAGUGUCACUGUGCGGGGUUUGACGGGGAGCAUUGUGAAGAGGAUGUGGAUGAGUGUGCGUCCCAUCCUUGCCAGAACGGCGCUAUCUGCAUGGACGGCGUGGCCGAGUUUCACUGUUUCUGUGUGCCAGGCUUCCAGGGCUAUAAUUGCGAGAUCGACAUCAAUGAGUGCGCCUCGCGGCCCUGCGAGAAUAAUGGGACCUGUAUCAACGAGAAGGACCGGUAUAAAUGCCAGUGUCUCGUAGGGUUUACAGGAGUGAAUUGUGAGGUGGAGAUAGAUGAGUGCGAGUCCAAUCCGUGCCGCAACGGAGCCACCUGCCAUGACCUCCUUGGUCUGUACUCCUGUGAGUGUCUGCCUGGGUUCGAGGGCACAGACUGCGAAGUGGACAUUGACGAGUGUGCCAGCGAUCCCUGCCUAAAUGGGGCUAUCUGUCAGGACAAGGUGGACAGCUAUGAGUGUGACUGUGAGGACACAGGCUUCCUGGGUGACCACUGUGAGGAGGACAUCCCUGAGUGUGCAUCUGACCCGUGUCAGCACGGCGCCACCUGCCUGGAGGGAGUCAAAGAGUAUACCUGUCUCUGCUGGCCUGGUUAUGAGGGGGAGAACUGUGAGAUGGACAUUGAUGAGUGUGCUCAGCAGCCAUGUGAAAACGACGGCGAGUGUUUCGAGCGUUCCGACACAUCCCACUGGGAGAUGGACUGGGAGUUCAGGUUCGCCGACGCUGCCGGAUACCUGUGCCAAUGUCCACCCGGGUUCGCAGGAGAGAACUGUUCCGUGAACAUUGAUGAGUGUGAGUCUGAACCCUGCCAGAAUAGAGGCUCUUGUGAGGAUCAGGUGAAUGGCUACACCUGUUUAUGUCCAGAAGGAUUUAUGGGGGAAAUUUGCGAAAUCAACAUUGAUGAGUGCGAGAGCCAGCCAUGUCUGAACGGUGCAUGGUGCGAGGACGGCAUGGCCAGCUACACCUGCCACUGUCCUGAGGCUGAGCCUGACAAGCUGCCCUGGGGUGGCCACCACUGCGGCAUCCAGCUCCUGGGCUGCGUGGAUCAAGAAUGCCAGAAUGGUGCCACCUGCCACCCGUGGCUGGAAGAGGAAGAGCAUGGCCACACCUGCCUCUGCCCCCACGGCUUCUACGGUGAGCUCUGCUCCACACCCACCACCUUCUCAUUCUCCAGUCCGGGCUUCGUCCUUAUCAUGGUCACCCUGGAAGUGGAAGAGAGGAGGAGACGGAGGCAUGCUGAGCACCACCACCACGGGAAGGGAGUCCGGCUACGCUUUCGCACCACCUUGUCCGACAUGGUGCUCUUCUACCGUGGCGAUGCUGACAGCCACCUCUUGCUGGAGAUUGUGGGUGGAGGUCUUCGCGCCAAGGCCUUCUCGGAGGAUGCCGAGCUGGAGGUUGCAUUCUCUGGGCUGGUCAGCGAUGGAGACUGGCACGACGCUGACGUGUACGUGAACGAAGAGGAAGGGCUGGUUUUUAACCUGAAAGGUCCAGGAUGCGACAGCGAAGGGUGCACGGUGAAGGAUGGUGGUCCCAACGGGCCACACUUCGUUCCCUCUGAGGCGUUCGGUCACGUCUACGUGGGCGGUGCCCCCGGAGAGUUGCUGGAGCACACGAAGAGUGGCCACGGGUUUGUGGGGUGUGUGGAGGACCUGCUGAUCGACUUCAAGGACAUCCUGCCCCAGAACCUUCCAGAGGAGCAGGCCAAUGAGAUGGAGCUAGGCUGUAGCAAGACAGAGUGGUGUGAACCUGACCCCUGCUCCGGUCAAGGCCACUGUGUGGACCUGUGGAUCAGCCACCGCUGCGACUGCUACCGGCCCUACCACGGUCACAGCUGCGCCGAUGAGUUCCCCUCCUGGACAUACAGCCAUGAGGAAACUGUGAGCUACAGUGCCUAUGACAUUGGCACUGAUCACGGCGCCAACUUCAGCGUCUCCUUCUUCCUGCGGUCUCUGAAGCCCGAUGGCCUGCUCUUCCAGCUGAGGCGACCCGGAGAGGACGGAGAAGAGGGCGAGGCCUACUUUAAUGUUUUCCUGGGCAUGGGGAGAGUCCUGGUCAGCUCCGUCCCCGAAAGCCACCCACUGACGGCACCCAUCGUCGUGACCACCGGCAAAAAGCAACUUCUACACGUCGAGGUCCAGUAUGGACGGGUGUUCUUCCAGCACGCCGGCCUGCGCUACGGAAUAGGGGAGGUUCCCGAGGUGGAGGUGCACAGUGGGGACCUGGCCUACGUAGGGGGUCUCCCCAGGGAGAGGGAAAACUCUGAGGCCUGGGGGGGACACUUCAAGGGCUGCCUGCAGGACCUGCGUCUGGACGGAGCGCAUCUAGACGUGGAUGCAUGGAACAGCACACUAAAUAACUCAGAGGGAGAGGUCUACUUCCCCGCUGAUGCUGAGAAUGUAGAGCCGGGCUGUAUUAGCGACAACUCCUGCCAGCCGGAGCCAUGCCAGAACGGAGGAGACUGCACCAUCACGUGGAAUGGCUUUGCAUGUUCUUGUCCUGUGGAUUUCACUGGGAAGACCUGCGAGACGCGCGUGUGGUGUGUCAGUGACCCGUGUGUCAAUGGUGGACAAUGUGUGGACCUGACUGAUGGAUAUGAGUGUGUGACCAACGCUACCUUCGAGAACAACCCGGUGCAGUACAGUGCAGAGGGUUCCUUGGGCUCGUCUCUGACCCACGUGUACCUGGAGCUCCGUACUCGCUCAGAGAACGCUGUGCUGCUCCGUGCCUCCCACGGGGCCGAGCUCCUACUGGUGGGACUGCUGGACUCCUCUAUCCGUGUCGAGAUCCACGGUGGAAACAGUGUGGAGGUGCUGACCUUCUCCGGUGUGCGACACGUGGCCGACGGCGGAUGGCACCGGGUGAGCAUUUCCAUGGCUGACCCUGAUAGCGAGGCAUCACACUGGGUCAUCACCGUGGAUGGCAUCACUGACGCCAGCAGCACCCCAGAGGAGGCAGGUGCCCUGCACUUCCUCAACGAGGCAGGGGCGGAGGUCGCUAUCGCCGAGAGCUUCACAGGCUGCCUGGGCGCCGUAAGGGUCAGCGGGGUCUAUCUACCAUUUGUGGAUGAUCUACACCCGCCACAGCCUGCCCACUUCCACAGAACGAGCGACGAGGAGAUUCGUAUGGGCUGUAUGAGUGAGGAUGUAUGCCAUUCGGACCCCUGUCAGAACGGCGCCAUGUGCAAGGAUCUCUUUAACAAGUUUGACUGUGUUUGCAAGCCAGGUUGGGAGGGAGAAAAUUGCGAGGUGGACACGGACGAGUGUGCAUCUGGGCCCUGCGUCCACGGCACCUGCAUGGAUGAGUUGGCAGGUUUCGAGUGCGUGUGCAACCCGGGGUUUGGGGGCGUUUCUUGCGAUGAGGACCUUAAUGAGUGUGAGGAACAUGGCUGUGAGAACGGGGGCUCCUGCAUGGACCGGGUGAACAGCUACACCUGUGAGUGCACAGACGACUACACCGGCCCACUCUGCCAGUGGACUUAUCCCCCACUGACAUGCGAAGAGGAUGUUCAUUGUGAAAACGGGAUCUGCCAUGACGGACUGUGGGGGGCCAAUUGUACCUGUGUGCCCGGUUUUGCAGGGGAGAGGUGUGAAACGGAGAUAGAUGAGUGUGAGUCGAACCCCUGUCAGAAUGGUGGAUCGUGUAUCGAUCGAGUCAACAGGUUCUGGUGUGUUUGCCUGCCUGGCUACAGCGGUCUGUUCUGCGAUACAAGCAAACAGCCCCAGAAAGAGAGGGUGCCGUGGCUGGUGAUAGCCAUCCCCCUGGUGUGCCUCUGUGUCCUGCUGGCUGUCAUUGGCAUCACCUUCAUGGUGCUCACCGCCCGCAAGAAACGCCAGUCAGAGGGCGCCUACAGCCCCAGCACUCAGGAGGUGGCCGGGGCGCGUCUGGAGAUGGACAGCAUGCUCAAGGUUCCCCCAGAGGAGCGGCUCAUCUGAUCGAGUCAUAAAAGCUGAUUCGAGAACUGUGCUCGGAACAUGUUGCUAUGCAGCGUAACACAAAAAGCUGCAAAAGCAGAUCUGAGAGCACCGCACUGCUGGCAGGUGCGCGAGACUCACUUGAGACAAUAGACUCUGUAUAGUCAGUCUAGCUGGCUGGAAGGAGAUACAGGGGGAGAAGAGAAGAUCUGCUGCCCCCUGCUGGACGGAUGGACAUGUUACUGACCCAGUGGUGCCGUGUAAUUGUGUUUUGAUGGACUGAUCUAAUGUGUGAGUGGUUUUGAGGGUCUUGGGGAGGGAAUGGAGGUUAAAGGAGUGAGGGUUGGC